AUGUCUCGAUCUCGCUCUCCUUUGGCGGGUACAUCGCGCUCCGCAUCUCCGCUACCAUCCUCAUCCUACCGCAUCGAGCGUCUCGACACGACCUCGAAAGAUCUUAUGGUCACGUCGCGCUCCAAACGCUCGACUGCUGGAAACCGACUUAAAGCGCUGCUAGACCAAGAGCUCGAAAAGGACGAGAUCUUUGCCGAGGUGGAGAACGAUGUAGAUUUCGAGGCCAACGACAACGAAGCGGUAGAUAUCGUGGAUAGCGAUUUUGAUCGUGAUUCGGACGAAGACAGGCCGGCGCAAGAUGAGAGCGAAGGCGAGCGUGAAAUCGAGAGGCAGGAAAAGGAGGAUAAGAGAAGACGAAGAGCACAAGCGAGAACCGUGGGUGUCGUGAAACGCCCAUUCACCGCCACAGCGAUAGCGCAGAAAACGCCAAACAGCGCUGGAGCAGAGGAACCAAAAAAAAGACGUAUCAGCUUUGCUCCCGACCACACAUCUUCACCGGGCACCAUCGAUGCAGCAAAGCGCAGGUCUUCGGCUCGUGCAGCCACGGUGCAGUCGAAACGAGAGGUUGAGUCGAGGCUCGAAGAAGCAUCACAGCGAAGGGCGGCUCAACCGUUCAAGCAUGUGGUCAAGAAGAAGGCGAGUCUGACGCAAGAUGCUUUGAUUGCCGAGGCGUUGGAGGUGGAAGAGGAGAACCGGGAGAGUCUAAGACGCUUUUUAGAGCAGGAAGAGGAGAGGAGGGCAAAGCAGAGACAGCGCAAGGAGAGGAUCACGGGUCCAUUUGUGAGAUGGAUGAGCGUUGGAUUCAAGACCAAGGUGGUGGAGGAGAUCAGGGCUGCAGAUCAGGCGUCAGGUGGGGCGGCAGAUACAGGAGGACAGCAAGCUAACGCAGCGGCCGUUGCGGAACAUCCACGAUCCGCGUCAAGUGUCCACUCAGCAGAAGGGGAGAAGUGCGAGGAGAGUGGUGCUGGAGCCGACGUGCCAGACUCUCAGGUCGCAAUAUCGAUACCAGCGCCGUUACAAGCGUCGGCAGACAUUCAAAACCGAGAUACAGACGCUGGACCACUCGCCAAGGCUGCCCUCAGCGGCACAAUGGGCACAAACUCGCUAGCAUCAGCAUCAGCUUCAACUGCAGAAUCGCUUACCUUGGACCCGGUGAUUGCGGCGCGUCAACAAGCUGCGCUUUUGCGCUCUUGCACAAACACUCACGACGCAUCGACGUCCACUAGCGCAGAAGCGACAACGUCGGGCAUUCGGUUUGAGCUGCAAGCGCGUACGCUGUUGUCGAUCGAGCGAAUGCCCGAAGACUGGGAGUGGUUGGACGAGCACAACGCGCUGUUUGGCACGCACUGUGCGUGGGACGCCUACCCGUUCGUCCCCUCACGCAAUCGGCCGUUGAGGCCGAGACAGUCGAUCUGUCCCAUUACCGGCUUACCUGCAAUCUACAAGGAUCCGAGGACUGGCAUUGCAUACGGAAGCAAGCACGCGUACGCCGUCAUCACGCGCUUGCUGCACGCCAAGUGGUUGUGGACCGGCGGACACUACCAGGACUCUCCGCAAAUCAUGGAGCCCAAGCCAAAGAGCAAGAUCAAGCAUCUCGCGUCCAUACCAGCCGGUGCAGUGCCCCCGCAAUCCGGCAUCUACCUCGACGACGAAGACGAACGAGGUGCUACCGACAUCUGGCUCACCGCUCGUGCAACUCUUCCCGCACCCAAUCCCACCCAUCCUCCCACCCAUCCUCCCACCCAUCCUUUCCCGUCCGCUCGCACAUCCGAACCAUCAGCUUGCACAACUACUACAACCCCCUCGAAACUCACAGACAAACGUCGAUCAAAACCACACUUCGAAGUCGUCCUCACCAACGCGCUCGCUCCCGGCGACGAAAAAGCCGUCCUCGCAGCCGCACUCGAGCUGCCCGCCGGCUCCACCCGUUCCGGCCGCCGUGGCCGUGUGCAACGCUCGUGA